UCCACCACACACCAGAUUGCUGCAGAAGGUUGAGGCAGCCCGUCACCACCACACAACUACUUCCAAGGCAAUGAAUGCUGGCUGGAGUCAGAGCUCCUUAAGCACAUUAAGAAAGUAAUUGCAAGUGCCAGCACCUGUGUCAGAAGGUUUUCCUAUUAAAGCUGACUGCAGGAGGCUGCUGCUCUGAAUGCUUUUGAGGGGGCUGAAUAGCCUCUAGGCAGGAGCUUGCGCAGUGUGUUGGCUGCUGCUGCUCUGUGACAUCCCUGACCCCAUGGGGCUGGCUGUGGAGAUGAGAGCAGGGCAGGUGCUGCUGGUGCUGUUGGGUGCCUCUGUGGUGAUGCCUGCCAAGGACCUGCUGCUGAAUGUCUGCAUGGAUGCCAAGCACCACAAAACCAAGCCUGGCCCAGAGGGGAUGCUGCAUGGCCAAUGUGCUCCCUGGAAGGACAAUGCCUGCUGCACAGCCAACACCAGCUCAGAGGCCCACAAGGACCAAUCCUACCUGUACAACUUCAACUGGAACCACUGUGGGGUGAUGCCGCCCAAGUGCAAGCGUCACUUCAUCCAGGAUACGUGCUUGUACGAGUGCUCACCCAACCUGGGGCCCUGGAUUGACCAGGCUGACAGCAGCUGGCGGCGGGAGAGGAUCCUGCAUGUGCCACUGUGCAAAGAGGACUGCGAGGAAUGGUGGGAGGACUGCAAGGACUACGUCACGUGCAAAGAGAACUGGCACAAGGGCUGGAAUUGGGCAACAGGAACGAACCGCUGUCCCUGGGGCUCCAUGUGCAGGCCCUUCACCCAGGUCUUCCCCAGACCCAAAGAUCUGUGUGAGAAGAUCUGGUCCAACUCCUACAAAUACACCACAGAACGCCGGGGCAGUGGGCGCUGCAUCCAGAUGUGGUUUGACCCCACGCAGGGGAACCCCAACGUGGUUGUGGCAAAGUACUACGCCUGGAAGAAGCGAUUCUCUCCUGCCAGGAUGGAGGAUGUGACUCCUGAGACGGGCAGAGCUGCGUGUGCUGUGCCAUGGCUCAUCCUGCUGCUGGCCCUCGUGCUGCUCACUGCAGGCUGGGGGUCCUAUGGGUGGAGGUCCCUGUGACAGCUCCCCAAAGGGAUGCGGCUUCUCUUCCCGUGAAGGAGGAGGCUGUUCCUGUGGCAUGAGUGGCACUCGGUCUGUUCAAUUUGCUUGUGUGCCCCAGUGGAUGCUCAGCAUGGGCUGUGUUGUUGGACUUUGAUGUCUGCUGCUGCCUCCUGCUGAUGGAGGCAGUGAUUUCCCAUCCUUUGCGUCUGAGCUCCUCCUAUCUUCCCCUGUGUUUGCUGCCUCCUGCCCAUAGGGCAGGUGUUGAUGUCCGUGCUCUGGGUGUGUGUAGUGUUUGUUCCUGAUCCUUUUCUGAGCACUGCAUCCCUGGAGAGCGGAGUUGAUAAUAAAAGAACUGCUCUGAA